GCUCCGCUCCUCCCGGAGGCGGCCCCGGACUGCGGGCGGGGCGGGGGCGGCGCUGCCCGGGCCGGUGGCUGUGGGGGGACCCGGCUCGGGUCCGAGCGCGGUCCCGGCCCGGCCCCGAGGCUCUGCCGGUGGGCGCGCAGAGUUCAGCCUACCUGCAUGAGGACAUGAACCACCCAUGCCCUUGGCCUGCAGCCAGUUCUGGCUUGUUUGGAGUGAGUCUAUGCCAUGCCUGCUUCGUCUCUCUUGCCACCUAGUGCCUGAGGUGGAGGAGGCUCAUGGCCAUUUGGGACAGAUGCUGGAGCUUCUGGGAUGGUUCAGAAGCUGCAUGGGAAGAAAGUGUGCGUUGUCCUCUUGGAGUCUCAAGGAAAGGGGGUGGAGGGAAGAGCUGCUUGCUGUGACAUGGAGGCUCCCAAGCCUGACAGAGCCCAGUGCUGCCUGCCAUCCAGAAAGUGAAACCUUACUGGUUUUCUUAUACUAAGAGCCUGGCACCACUUGGACUAUGCAGACUUUGAGGAGGCUGUUGAUCACGACAUUUCUUCUGGGAGAGCAGGCUCUGAUGGGAACAAGAAUGCUCAGGAUGCCCAACUGCCUGCUAAAGCUGACCCGGGUGGUGCUGGGCCACAAGCUCAGGACUCUCUUCAUCCUUGCCUUUAAGUUCAUGUCCUUCGUCUCCAUUGUGUUGUACUGGAGGAUCACAGAGGACUCUAAGGGCAGAGACCAAGUCUACUCGCCUGUUCAAAUCCACUGUGCCCACUCUGUGCCAUCUCCUCCCUGUGCCGUUGCUGAUGGACCUCCUCCUCCCCCAGGAGAUGUGUUUUUUGUGGAGACCUCCGAACGAACCAACCCAAAUUACCUGUUCAUGUGCUCUGUGGAGUCAGCUGCCCGGACACACCCGGGGACGAGGGUUGUGGUGCUCAUGAAAGGCCUGGCAAACAGAAAUGCCUCAUUACCCAACCACUGGGGCUUCUCAUUGCUGAGCUGCUUCCCCAAUGUGGAAAUCCGUCCCUUGGAUUUGCCAGAGCUUUUCUCUGGGACACCUCUAGCAAAGUGGUACUUGCAGGCUCAGCAGCGCUGGGAACCUUAUUUCCUACCCAUCCUGUCUGACGCCUGCAGAAUUGCCAUCAUGUGGAAAUUUGGUGGCAUCUACCUGGACACAGACUUCAUUGUGCUUAAGAACUUAAAGAACCUCACCAAUGUGCUUGGUACCCAGUCCAAGUAUGUAUUGAAUGGAGCCUUUCUGUCCUUUACACCCAAACACAAGUUCAUGGAGCUUUGCAUGCAGGACUUUGUGGAGAACUACAACAGCUGGAUCUGGGGGCAUCAAGGCCCACAGCUCCUAACGCGUGUCUUCAAGAAAUGGUGUUCCAUCAGGAGUCUUCGGAGCAGUAAGAGCUGCAAAGGGGUGAGUGCUCUGCCCCGAGAGGCUUUUUAUCCCAUUCGGUGGCAGGACUGGAAGAAAUACUUUGAAGUGGUCAGCUCCACUGAGCUGAAUGAACUCCUGAAGAACACUUAUGCUGUGCAUGUAUGGAACAAGAAGAGCCAAGGGACAAGACUAGAGAUCACAUCGCAGGCUUUGCUGGCUCAGCUGCACUCUCAUUUCUGCCCUGCCACAUAUGAUAUCUUGAAGAUGGACUUUAAAUGGCAGUGACUCAAAGGAUCAGCUAACAGACAUUUCCUGGGAGCUCUUAACCCUUUAACUGUUCAUCUCAGAUGAACUUUUUUGAAGUGAGGUGGUGGGAGUUGAGGAUAAAAGCCAUUUGUGGAGUGUAGAUGAAGCCUAUAUUUUCAGCCAAUCUGUGCAGCUCUUUGUCUUGACUUCAACAAUAUAUUUUGAUUCUCUGCAGGACCUUCCUUCUGCUCUCCUCAGUCAGGUGGAGAAAUCUCAGGAUGAGAAAUGAGUGCUGGGCCACUUGCGGCAGCCUCCAUAAACCUCUUGGAGGAAUAAGACCCCUUUCUGUAGCUGCAAAUAUAGAAGGGGCCUUGUAGAAACGUGUAUCUCAUUCUCUGUCACUGACUCUCAAAGCAACAAAAGGAUGGGGGAGCAAAGAUCAGGAACUGAAGAACUUAAGGGUGUGCUUGAAGAGGUGUUUUGAGAAAAAAUGUGAAGGAAAACAGAGAAGAAAGGGGAAAUGGCUAAAGUGAUGUCUUUUUUCUCUUAAUUCCUUUCUCUUCUGAAGACUUUGGUGGAGGAGACUUAUGUCUGGUCCAAGGAGAGAGCAGGACACUGAAGUCUCUGUUCAGUGUUGUAGGUCUAAAGACUUGCUUGGAAAUUUGGUGUGAAUCAGAAUGUGAGGAUCUGAGGCUAGUUCAUGAUUUAGAGGGAGUUCUUGCACAGCAAUGAUUUGUGUCAUAGUAAUAGCAAAUUAACAUCCUGUAAUGAGCAGGAGAGCUCUUCCAAAUCACACCUUAAAUUGCAUGUGACACAGGAAGAGCUGAACUGUCUUUUACACUGGGCUUGUAAGCAUGACCAAAUUUCCAUAACUGCAUCUAAGAUCUUUUAGUGCUUAGACUGAUCCAAAAGGGAAAGAGAGGAUAUUUCCAAGUAUUACCAGAGUUACAGAGAGUUUGGUGGGAAACCUUUACUGACUAAAUUCAAGUCCAGGAAUCAAGCCUUUUAUUAUGGACUUCUUCAGGUAGUCUGAAGCCCUCCUGCAGUUUAUUGUGCAGGAGUGUAAAUCCCUUCUGCAAGGUCUGGAGAAGUGCAAAGAUUUACUCUUCUCCUCUGAGCGUUUCACUGAAUUAUGGUGGAUAAAGUUAAUGUAUCACUCUUAUGGUGCUGUAGUGCCUUUGAUGGUUCCCGCCAUAGAGGCAAAUUUGUUGGACAAAUGAUGGCAAAAAAAUUGUCCUUUGCCUUGAUAGCCAACAGGAUGUAUUGGUGCUCUUACAGUUCAUUGUAUAAAAAUAACGGAGAAAGAGCAGCAAGAGGCAAAAAUAAAGUAGAAACCAUCAGCUUCAUUAUAUCUGCUCCCCACCACAAUCGAAAGGGGUUUGCUGAGGCUCAUGAGCUGACGCUAGAGUGGGGUUGACAGAGGUGAACAAACUAUUGGUCAUCUUCUCUCCUACACUGAUCUCACUGUAAAAUCUUUUCUGUCUCUAGUAUGAGAAUUUUCUUACUCUUGGAACAGCAGCGGGGUACUCCGAUGACUCUUCUGAUGAUCACAAAUCAGUCAGAUCUCCAGUAUCAUGUGGCCUCAUAGCAAGAGCUCUUAAAAGGGGUGCUACCUGCAAGUCCUCGAGGGUGACUCGGAUGAUUGCUAGGUUUGCAGUUUUCUGAGGUCUCUUCUGUUUCCCAAAUCAAAUAGAAGCAAGGGGAGAUUUGUUCAACUUAGCCAACGCAAUGGACAAAAAGUAAAAGAUUGUGUGUGCAAUGGCAACAUUUCUCUGUUUGUCUUGGGUUUGUUUCUCUUUUCUUGGAGGAUAAAAAUGAAAAAGCCGAAUUGCCCAUCACUUUUCCACGACAGUUCCGUGUCCCCUGGGGAACAUGGCUUUGGGAGCUUAGGAGAUUUUGCACCUUUUGUUUGUUUGCAUGCUGAGCUGUCUGACUGGAAGCUGCUGCUGCUCUGCAAUGAAAGCUACCUGCCUACCGGUUGGGCAAGGCUGGAGCUCUGUGCACAAGCAGCUGCUCUGGAAUGAAGAAGGUGUUGGAAACACCAUUCCACUGGGUGCCUCCACAUGUGUACAUAUAUAUGUAAUGCUGUGUCGCAGUUUCGGCUGGGGUGGAGUUCUUUCCCCACAGCAGCCCAUAUAGUGCUAUGCUCUGCACAUCUAGCUGGAACAGCAUUGAUAUUGCACCGAUGUUUUAUCUGUGUUCUCAUGGCAACAAAACUCUUUCCACUCCUUCAAGGGCAGCAGGCUGGGAGUGGGCAAGAGAUUGGAUGGGACAUUGCCAGGACAGCUGACCUAAACUGACUGAAGAGGCAUUCCAUGCCGCGUGACGUCACACUCAGCAAUAAAAGCUGGAAAGAGGAAGGAGAUGGAGGGGCUCUUGUUAUGAAAACGUCUGUCCUCCUGAACAACUCUGUCAUAUAUUGAGACCCUGCUCCCCAAGAUGUGUCCAAACAUUGCUUGUUAAUGGACAGUAAAGAAGAAUUGUUUUCUCUCUCUUUGCUUCUGCGCAACCUUUGUUUUUUUCCUCUUUUUUUCCCUUUCAAUUAAAUUGUCUUUAUCUGAACUUGUGAGUUUUUUUUUUUCCUCCAGUCCUAUUUUUCUGUUCCUUUGAGGAUGGGGAAUGACAGAGCAGUGUGGUGGAGGUCAGCCAGCCAUCAGAGCAAAACCACCGCAUGCUGCCCCUUUGUUCUGCUUAGCUUUUUGAUAUAUGCUGGAGACAUUCAGGAUUUUGAAUAUUUGCAGCUCUCCAAGUACUGAGCGUCUUUAAGGACAACAGCUUUGUGGGGAGUAGCAGAUCUUCCUGACUGUUUAAGUGGUCUUCACCACAGUAAGUGGUAUAAAUGGAUGCUAUAUUUUUACAUCAUAUUCUCUCUGUACCUACGCAUUUUUUCCCCCCACUGCUUUCUUUAGAAGCAGCCACAGAAUCAUCAACCCUGGCCUAGUCUGUGGCCAGUGGAACAUGGUUUCUCCUUCUAAUGGUUGUUUCUGGUUUGGGCUCUUUGUGCUAAACAACAGAAACCACAGUGAGCCAGGAACUAGGGAAGGUAGUACGGUGGCUCAUGAUUGUAAAGGUGUAACAGUAUCUCUGCUGCGGCAAUAUUAGGGACUGAUUACAGACAUGUUUGGGACCUACUAAAUAUUUGACUUGGUGUACUACUGCUUAUUCUAAGGAAGUGCCUUUUUAUGUAUGUUUUUGUUGUUCUUGGAUUUGUGUGUGUGUGUGUGUUUGCUUUUUUUCCCUGUACAGUCAGUGUUCUGAGUUUAUAAGCAGAGAAUCAAACCAAAGCAGUCUUUGGCCCUCCAUCUUGUGAAAGUAAAAUAAAUACAGUUUUACUAUUUCUUCUCUCUA